AUGCUUCUCUCUCUCGUGCCCUACUUCCUGGCUCUGACUGUCCUGGCUCUGCUUUUGUUCCGAGUGAUUCAUCACUUCUGGGACCCCAAAGGCCUCCGACAGCAUCCCACACCCUCGAUAGCCGGUUUCAGCUCCCUAUGGCGAAUUUAUCAUAAUCUACGAUGGAAUCACUAUGCGGCGGUUCACGAAGCUCAUCAACAACUGGGAACCCACGUACGCAUCGCCCCUAAUCACAUCUCUAUUCUCGACCCGAUGGCCCCCCAUCAAAUCUACGGUCACGGUGCCAAUAUGCUCAAGGAUAUCUGGUACGAUGCAGGUGCGGGACCGCACCGGAAUCUUGCCGAUGCGCGCGACAAGGCCGAGCAUCAGGCAAAACGAAAGAUGUUCGCGCACACGUUUGCGGCGAAGACAGUGGUCGGCUUCGAGCCCCAGCUGCGAGAGAACAUCUCGGCGUUGUUGGAAGUUUUGGACCGCCAUGAGGCAGCGGGCACAAAGGCCAACAUGCGGCGACUUCUUAAUUAUUUCCUGAUCGACCUAUUCGGUCAGCUUCUCUACGGACACAAGCUUGGGUGUCUGGAACGUAACGACGACCUUCUUGAGGCUGAGUCGAAAGAUGGUCGGAUAUACCGCGUCCCAUUUAUUCAGAGUUUGCUUGAUUCCACGGUGAUCAAUAAUGUGCUUGCAAUCACUGCACACUAUGCGCACAUCUCGCGCCUUUUUGUGAAAAACCACCCGUACAAGAAGGCCGGCACUGAUUGGGACAAUAUUGUGUACUACAACACAAAAAGGCGGUUGGCAAAUACAGCGCCUUCAGAUGACCUAUGUCAACGCUUGCUACAGGAUAGUAAGGGUCAGGACCUCAACUUGUCUUUCGGCGAAAUCAUGGCUGAGUGCUCGGUCAUGAUGAAUGCCGGAACUGAAACCAGCACUGCCGCCAUGACAAGCACGAUUUUUCUUUUGUACACGCACCCCCGAGUGCUUCAAAAACUCCGUGACGAGAUCAAUGCCGACUCUGAGAACGAGAUCCCCACCUACGAAGUAGUGUCCAAAAUGCCGUAUCUACGAGCUUGUAUCGAAGAAGCCCUCCGAUUGCGUCCACCGAUAUCUGUGCCCACUUACUCGAUACUUCGAGAUGAGCUGGUGUUCAAGAAUGCUUCUGAGUACAACCCUGACCGCUGGUUGACAGAGGACCCGGAGGAGAAAAAAAUGAUGAUGAACAACCAUAUUCCAUUCAGCACGGGUCCCCGAGCCUGCAUUGGCCGCAACAUCUCCUACUUUGAGCAAGCUGUGGUGAUUGCUACCAUUGUCAAAUUAUAUGAUGGUGAUAUCGAUGAGGGUUUCCAGCUGGAAACACAAGAACGGUUCAACUCGAACCCAGGGGAUUUGCCCAUGGCAAUGAGACGUCGGCGCGUCUGA